CGCGGGACGGGAAGGAGCGCUGCCUCUCCUGUGGCUUGAAAGUUGCUUCCAGGUUACGCUCCCGGAAGCAGGAAGUUGUCGGCUUAUCCUCCCCGCCCCGCGGCUUGCUGUCCCCGAGGCGGGAGGAGCCCGAGGGGCGCGGGCCCCGCAUGUAUAAGCCACUGUUAAGAGUCAAGCUUGCUGUUCGGAACUUCUCUCUGUGGCAAAGCUCAUUUCUGCCAGAGUUGGACCUUCUUUCUGGAGGGAUUUUGUAUUAGAAGACAUGGAUCUUGCUGCUAAUGAGCUCAGCAUUUAUGACAAACUUUCAGAGACUGUUGAUUUGGUGAGACAGACAGGCCAUCAGUGUGGCAUGUCAGAGAAGGCAAUUGAAAAAUUUAUCAGACAGCUACUGGAAAAGAAUGAACCACAGAGGGGGCCACCCCAGUAUCCCUUCCUUCUAGCAGUGUACAAGGUCCUCAUAACCCUGGGAUUAAUCUUGCUCACUGCCUACUUUGUGAUUCAACCUUUCAGCCCAUUACCACCUGAACCAGUGCUUUCUGGAGCUCACACCUGGCGCUCACUCAUCCAUCACAUCCGGCUGAUGUCCUUACCUAUUACCAAGAAGUAUAUGCCAGAAAAUAAGGGAGUGCCUCUGCAUGGGGGUGAUGAAGACAGACCCUUUCCAGAUUUUGACCCCUGGUGGACAAAUGACUGUGAGCAGAAUGAGUCGGACCCCAUCCCUGCCAACUGUACUGGCUGUGCCCAGAAGUUACCCCUCAAGGUAAUGCUCCUGGAAGAUAGCCCCAGAAAAUUUGAGAGACUCCAUCCUCUGGUGAUCAAGACGGGACAGCCCUUGUCGUCUGAGGAGCUUCAGCGUUUUUCGUGCCAGUACCCUGAGGUGACAGAAGGCUUCACCGAAGGAUUUUUCAUCAAGUGGUGGCGCUGCUUUCCAGAAAGAUGGUUCCCAUUUCCUUAUCCCUGGAGAAGACCUCUGAACAGAUCACACAUUUUACGUGAGCUUUUUCCUGUUUUCACCUACCUGCCAUUUCCAAAAGAAGCCUCCUUGAAAAAGUGCUUCCUUCUUCAACCAGAGCCUAUUGUGGGGAGUAAGUUGCAUAGGAUGCAUGACCUGUUUACCAUGGGCAGCGGCGAGGCCAUGUUGCAGCUCAUCCCUCCCUUCCAGUGCCGAAGACACUGCCAGUCCGUGGCAAUGCCACUAGAGCCAGGGGAUAUCGGAUAUGCUGGUGCCACCCACUGGAAGGUCUACAUUAUAGCCAGAGGGGUCCAGCCUUUGGUCAUUUGCGAUGGAACCACCCUUUCAGAACUAUAGGAAACAGAACUUUAUAGAGGAAGAGCUUUGAGAGCUGAAGACCAGAUUGAAAUGGGAGAAAUAAAAACAAAAAAACCGUGAAACCACUUUCCAGGGGUUGGUUACUUAGUUACCUGCCCUGUGCAUGUGUGUAUGAGCCAGCUGUGUGCUGGAGGCAAAGGCCAGAGCACAGCCCUUCCAACUCUUCCAGCCCAGCUGCUUGGCCAGGACUGCCAAUUCCUGUCUGUGAGAGACUGACCUCUUCCAGGCCUUUUGGCACCAAAGCCUUAAGGCUGCCCUUCAGGAAGGGAGCAGUGUCGGUACAUUCCCUCACUUGCAUGGCAUGAUCCCCUCUGCUGGCUCCCUGGUGAUGAGAGGACAGUCAACAAAGCCAUCCUCAACCAAGUGGACCUGCCUGUCCUGUCUUUCUGGUCAAACCACCCUGUACUUUUUUUGGAAAGCCAUGGAUGAUUAAAGAAGUCAGAGAUUUCCCACACAGAAUGGAAUCUAGAACCAGUGAAAAAAGAUCAAAUAACUUCAAAUUGCACUCAAGAAGUGCACUUCUUUCCCAGUGUCCGUGGCUCUUGGAGUCUCAGAGAUGCCAGGUCGGAGUAGGAUUGUAAUUGAAAUGGUAAUUCCUAAGGUAAUAUUUUUCUCCAUUCUAUUAAGUUCUUAUGCACACACCCCUCCUUUGCCUUCUCCCUCGCCUAUCUGGAUGGGUUCUCAGAAGUUGGGCUCCUGGCCCCCCUCCCUUGGCUGGGCCAGAGCCCUUUACAGCUGAGGCAGCACUGCUCUUGUCAACUGUGUUGCUUUUACCAAAUGUCUUCAGAGGGGGAUGAGUUAGAGUGCUGGCCUGGGGACAGGGUGCCUCCCCGAGUUUGAUCUUUAGGGUCCGACUUUCUGCAGGGAAGAUGUUUUACAGAUGUGUCAAGUCGAUGUUGUAAUGUGGUUGGGGAAGGAGCUCCAGACCCAAAGUCUUGGCCAGCUGGGUGUGCGACUGUGUGAUCCUCUGUCUCAAAAUGAUCUCUCUCUCUGUACUGGGAAACAAGGUGAGGUGUUUUUGUUUCUUGUGAAAAUAUGAAACUGUGUUCUUUUGAUUGGAUGGUUCACUAUGCUCAUCGUUUUCCCCAAGUGCUUUUUGCAUGUCUGAAGUGUGUAAAUAAGGACACUUCUCUUGUUUCCUUUUUUCCUUUAUUAUUCCUUUAUUGACUCUGUUAGAUAUCUGGCUUCUGGUUAUGCCAUCACCAAGUUGAAGAAGAAACAAAGCACACUACAGCUCCUGGUUCAGCACUGCAAAAAUCAAAUAGAUACAGGACGUGUCUGUGUCAAGUUACAGGCCAGAGGCAGACAGUGGUGUGGGAAGAGGUGGUGACUCUUUGCAGAGUCCUCUUCAUCCUUGGAGGUGGCCCUGCAGCUUGUCCCCUAGGCCCUGUUCCUCUGCACAUCUCAUGAGCAGCAGCGGGGAUUAUCAGAUGCUUGAAUGGGCAAGGAGGGUUCACAGAGCUCAGGGUGGAAGUGCUCAGAGCCUCCUCCGCUGGCUUGAAUGAAACUAGGAUGGACUGUAUCUGAGGGAAUUUUUCCUUAAAAGAAUCAGCGCCUUAUGUGAAUUAAUACAGGAAAAACAAAAUUUUUUGUACACAUAAAAGUCAUGCUGCUAAGCAGUUAUGAUUUAAGAGGUUUUAAAUCAGAGGGAUCAUUUAGAGGCCAGCUUUGUGCAAGCUUUUAGAGCCUUUGCGGUGUCCUUACGCCUGCUGCACAAGGGGCAGGAUUAUAGGUAAACAAGUUCUUUAGAGGCCUCUCAGAGUUUUCUUAAAUUAGGCCCUUUGGGUUAACGGAAGAGAGGGUUCCUUAGGAGCAAAGCAACUGUUUUGACAGUUGAAUUUCUGUUUUGUUUUUAUGAAUUACUCUGUGUUCCUUACCCAUUUCACUCUGGCUGAUCACACCUUAAAUUUUCAUAAAAUAUCCUCUUCUGCUCAAAACUGAAAAACCCUUGUAUGUGUGGUGUUCUGAGGCAUCCUCUGGGAGGUCCCCUGACUGUCUACAGUUCAAUAAAGAAUGGUGUGGCAGCAGAGAAGUAGAGACUUUUGUUCGUAUAUUACUCGUUUUACUUAAAAGCUGUCCAGUUCAGAAUUGAAUGUAGAUUUAUAUUAGGGGAGAAAUUCUCCACAGAGAGUUUUCUGCUCUUAAUUACUGGAUACAGAGAAGUAAUUCACCUUCGUCUCAAGGCAGUUCUGAAAAGCAGAAUCUACACUGACCAGUCCUACAGAAAUAGCUUGGGGUUGCCAGCCAGUUCCUUUCUGGUUAUCCAAGGCUUUGUGUGAGGGUGUCUGGGGUUUCCCCUGCUCUCCUAGCUCUCACCUCCUUCAUGGAAGCAGCAAAAGUCCCUUUGCAUGACCCCAGUAUGGAAAAGAGGAUCAUCAAGAUGAGGAAGCAGGAUCAGGGGGCUGGUGGGACCAUCUGAGCAACUCCCCACCUCUACCACCACAGUGAGAACAAAACCACAGGGCUUACUUUAAACAGAGGGACUUGCUUACAAGUUUGUUGCAUGUUUACUAAGAGAUAACAAGGCGGUGACCUCUGCACAUGGGUUAGGUUCCCUUUCUUUUAGAUUCCCAGAGCAGAGACUCAUGUCCCCGAAGACUUAUGUCCCUAGCCCUCUAGGGAGAAGGGCUGCUUUGGCACCAAUUUGAAGUAUUAUGUCCAGAUGUCCUGAGGUCCCCAGGAGUGAGGGAUUGGACAGACACAACACCUAUCCUGGCUUAUGAAAAGAAGUAGGGAAGGGAGAGAGUGAAGUAAUAAUGGUUUAUGGAAACAGAAUCUGCCUAUUUGGUGAAAUACGAAACAGUCUAUGAAGCAGACAAAUUCGGGCUCAUUUUCUGAGAGAAAUAGCAGCAUUUGUCCAAUUCAUUCCAACUUAGAGUGUCUUGAAUAUACAUGAUCUCCUUUAAUCUUUUCUCAGUCCUGUAAAACAGUUAUAUCUUCAUUUUACAAGUAAAGAAACCAGGGCUUAGAACAGCUAACUGUUGGCCGGUAGACAGCUGGUUCCCCAGCGCGUUAUUUUCCUGCUCCGGGACAGUGUGGUGCCCAAGAAUGAAGAUACGGCUUUAAUUGAGCCAGGCGUGCUUCAGCUGGGGUAGGAGAAUCUGGGGACAAGGGUCACCAAGCCAGGAACUCUUCAGGGUGUGUUUUCAAAACUGUUUUGGACAGAAAUGGAGAGAAUCUAACAGAUGACUUUUAUAUAAAGCCUUUCACUUUUUCCCUCCCCAUCUGAGAACUCUGUUUAAGAGUGAGUGUGGCUGGAACACAACUAUGUUCAGCCAUUUUCCCGUCACCACAUGUUUCCAGACGUGUGACCAGAAGAAGGACUCUGCCUAAUUCCACUUGUGGGUCCCCUUGGAGUUUACAUCACUUGUUUUUUCAGUUAUGGAUUUUCUAUUCCCUUCUUCCAAAACCCAGCAUAGGCCUCAGUGUAGGAACAAUUACUUUAAAACAUAACAGUUCCUUAGCUGCAGGUGAUGGCCUCAGUCAUUUUAAUAUAAUCUAGAUGAAAGUUUUCUCAGAAUUCAAACCCCAAAGCAGAUGUUUGCUUCUCAUCUAAUUCUUGCCCAGUAGAAGGCCAAGUUGUAGGAGAAAGGGAAGUCUGGUUGCACGGAGAAAGACGAUCUUGUCUACCUUUUGAGAAUCAGUUAUCAAACAGGAAUUAUUUAGGCUUCUGAGUUCUCCUAUUAUUGGAGGAAAAACCCUCCAGAGUUACAAGUUCCACACUCACUAACUUUCACUUUUUAACUUUUCACCCACUAAAAUUGGUUGAAGGAAGGGAGUGCCAGAGAUGUGCUUUAAAAUAGCAUUUUGAUUUGAGAUUCUCUCCAUGUUUGGACCUGCAGAUACUGUGUACAGAGCUGACAGGUGUCAGGGCCAGGAGUGCUUAUGAAGAGCCCUGUCACAAAUGAAAAAUGGGAGGCUCUGGGAACAUGCUAUGUGUAUCCCCAGCCUCCUCACUCCGACUCUCCCCAUAUCUAGCAGCUUCUUCCACAAAAGCAUCUCAGACAAGAUGGGCAGGUGCUCUGCCUUCAUGCACCACAUCCAAGUCCCCCCACCCUGGGCACGGUGUGGCUUUAAGUGCUGGCCUUGGUGAAAAACCCUCCAGCCAGCUUGUCUGUUGUCCAGGUCUUUUAGUGUCUGGUUUCCUUGCCUUGCAUAAUUUAAGCAUUAGAGCUAAAUACAUCUGUCAUUUUCCCCUCUCUGGAGACCAUGAAAUGUCCAGACCUUUUCAAAAUAGUGGAGAGAAGAAAUGUUAUGUAACUCCAAGCAGCGGCUGGAACUGUCCAGACAUUCUGGGGCUUCCCACAGGCCAUUCCUCCUGCCUUAGUGUGUCUGUCAGUCAGCCGGCGUCAAUCCAAGAGUGAGCCACAGCUGCAAGCACCCGUGCAGAGAAGGGAAACCAGUUUAGUUUUGAGUUUCAAGCAGAAAUUGUGGUGUUGGGACAUCAGCUUUGUGCCAGGCUUAACUUACCUCUGUUCCUCAUAACAGCUCUGUGGGGUAGGUGAGGUCAACCUGUGAAGCCACCUUUACUCACAGCUCAGCAGUGUCCCAGCCUUCAAACUUCAACCCCUCUUUUCAGGAACAAACUCUCACUUAUCUAUGAGAAUUGAUGACAGGAAUUAAUAGACGUGUGGCAUUCCCAGAGAACCCUUAGCCUCAUCGUAGGCGACUUUCCCUCCAAACUUCUUUCCAUAGUUGCACCCUCAGAAAAAUGCUGCCUGUGGUCUCUUCCUCCUCCCUCCUGUGGAAGGGUUAGUAACAGACACCUAGGCUGGGGGAGAAGACUGGAGAGGCAGAGGUAAGCAGGAACUCGGUGCUCAGCCUCUUCCCCGCCAUCAGCAGGGACGGGAGCCGGGACGGCUGCAAUGGGAACCAGGGUUGUGAUCCUGUGUGGUCCCAGUAAGCAGAGGGAGGCGGACAUCAGUCCAUCCACAAGUGCUCCAAAUGGUCUAAAAGCUGUUACUUUGUGUUCAGUGUAGAAUAUUGACCAUAACUUAAUGGUCUGCAAACUUGUAAAGAAUGUAUGUAAAUCAAAGUUUUAUGUAACAGAAUUUUUACCUUUUGCAAUUAAAAGUGUGUAUGUUGGUUGAUAA